CGACGGUCUUCGUACGCGUUCGCGGUUCCCCGUGGCCGGUAGGCGGCCGACCGGGCGUACGUGGGCCCUCUAGUGUAGCUGCACACAUGCACGCGACAGCAUCUGAUCGCCGUACCAGCCGUCGCAGCCGUAGCUGCUACCGUCGUAGCUCGUCGCGGAUGCUUGUGUGCCUACGAUAAAACGAUACUUUACUCUUUCCACGAUCACGCCCCGGCUCCGUUUCGCGAAGGGAAAAGCUGACGCGCAACCGUGUUUAACUCAUGACGGAACAAUCCUGGCACGUGUCGUUCGUGGCUCCACCGCAGAUAUUGCGAACGUCGGAAGUGACGCACAGUGAUACCGAGUGACAGUUUCCAUGAGAAUUCACACAUUCUAGUUGAUCUACGAUCGAACAUGCUCGUAUCAAUCCUGGACGUUGUGUUUGGACGCGCGGGUGACAGUUGACAGAGACAUUACCGGUAAACUUCCCGGCGAGCACGGUUUUCGCGGCAAAAAUGCGACAGUGAAGAAACAGCUGACAGUUGGCGCUAGUGAGGAAUUAGAAAUCAGCGCGGUCGUUUCGUGUUUGACAGUCGUAUCGGAUGACAGGUGAAUACCACGGGAAGCGAGGCCAGGAACUAUGCGAUCGUAGCGACGAUACGUUUGUCACGCUAUUCCAUCUAAUAACUAGGUGCAUCGAGGAGUGCUCGUUUAAUCGCCGCGAAGGAUAAUCCGUGAAAACAGCGAGUGACUAGAGAACCGGUGACCGCGUUGGACUUGGAGUACGUUCGCAACGUGUCGAAGGAACAUAUCUGUGCGCGUAUACAAGUGUAGUGUUUCCGUAGGAAUAUUGUGAUAUCGAAGGAUAACUUUAAUAUUAGUAAGCAAAGACGUUAUUCUCCAAGAUAUCUGGUAACGUUGUGGACAAGGUGAAUGCAGCGUAACGCCUCCGUUACUCUAUCCACGACGGAUCAAAAGUGUAAUAAAAGUUCUGGCAAAUAGACGGGUGUUUUUUCAUUUUAUCUAUCGCGGGAAGAAUACAGAAGCGAGUCUCGUUCGACAAGGUGAGCCAGCAGGUGACCACGUUGGAUCUCGCGGCGUUGGCUGCUUACGGGGGCGUUUCGGGACCCAGGGUCGCGGUGGCGGGCACCGGGGUCCUCGCGCUACCCGGCCUGAUACCCGAUAAGGGUUUAUCAUCGCCCGGAGGACAGUCGAAAACAAAGUCCGCAGGGCUGGCGGGCCUCGACAGCGAGGCGGUACGCCGGUGGGUCGCCGAGGCCGCGCGGACCGUCCGGCAAAUUCCGCCUCCGGUUGUCGUACCAUCGAGUUCGCAACAGCAACAUCAUCAACAUCAAUCCCAACAAACAUCGCAACCUCACAGACAGCAGCAGCAGCAGCAGCAGCAGCAGCAGCAUCAUUCCAGCCAUCGGCAACGUCAAGAGCCUAGCCCACCCUCGGUGGGAACAUCCCCUUUCGUUUUGCCAUCGAUGACGCAGACCCCCAGCAUGCAUCUGCUGGAGAACAACAACCUGGUCGAGGUUGCGAUGGCUCAGCAGCAACAGUCUCAACAGCAGAUGCAGAUGCAACAACAGAAACAGAAACAGACCAGCCCGACCAACAACAACACCAUAGAAGCUUGGAGAUCGAUCCAAGGUGGACACCAAUGGUGGAGUCCACCGAGUAGCGUUCAUCAGGAGCAACAACAGCAAGUAUCGCCGAUCGUGCAACCGGUCGUUCAGCCGCAAAGUUUAAUCGUUGGCUCUGUAUGCGGGCAAGCACAGAGACAACAGUCGUCUCAGUUACAAUCGGAGAUCGAUCAACCGUUGGACUUUUCGGUCGGUUCCCUUCAACAGCAAAGGCUGCAUUCACGCGUAAGGACUAUACACGAGAGACUGCAGGGUAGGAUACACGACAACAACAACGGCACCGCAAGCGGACAGAAGAUGAUGAGAGGCACGGCUAGUAGGAGAAGUUACAGCCCUAGCGAGGCCAGCAGCAGCAGCAGCGAGGACGAAGGAGUGUCCACCGGUGGCAGCCCUACCGGACCACUGCGGGGCACCGAGAACGAUUCGUGCGAGCAGCCGGUUGCGGAUCGACCUUACGGUAAAGUUUGGAUAGGCGAUAACGAGGUCACGUGGCGAACGGAACAAUCUUUCAAGAGGACCUCACCCUUAAAUCCCUGCGCCACGACCACUACCACGACGACGACAGCUGGUGGAGCACCGGUACACCCCCACCUGUCACCACCCAUAGCCGCCCCUGUGACCACCCCCGAUCAUAGAAGCCCUAGCAGCCUCCACGUGAAGCUUGGUAUUUCACCGACCAGCGACGCGCUCGGCCGAAUCGAUAAGGAGCCAGCCUCGCCGGAAUCCAUACAAGACGCGGACCUUCAUGGGGAGGUUGACGGACCCGAACUCAGUGGCGAUGACAGAAGUAUCGCCAGCGACAUCCAGGAUGCGACCGAGGCGAACCUUGACCAUGAUUCCAUGGACUCGGACAGGGAAGCCCUUAAUCUGGUCACGGACGUGUCUCAUCGCAACAGCAGCAGCGGUACAAGCGGCAGUGCCUCCUCGCCCAGUUCCGGGGUGAGCAGCCAGCUAACCGGAAGUCAUCAGCAACAGCAACACACGGCCGGCCAGCAGAAUAGCAGUAAUUCUCAGGCUGCCCUAGCUGCUCAGCUGGUUGGCCAACAAUUGCUGAUGCACGGUUCUCUCGGUGCGUUAGGACCACAGGAGAUCCAAGCGCUCGCCUCCACCUUUCAGCAACAACAGCAAUCGUUGCAGCAACAGUUGCAGCAAUUGGCGAUGUUCCAACAAGCGAACUCCGCCGCGGCCGGUCAACUUCCGGCGCAGGCACAGUUCUUCUUGCAGAAUCAGGGGCUGUUGCAGAGCGGUGGCUACUCUUCAAGACCCAGUCAUCCGCGCUCACAGUCCAUGCAGGUGCAGCAGGCAGUGGCGCAAGCAGCCCAGCAAUUACAAGCUUUGCAAAAGCAGCAGGCUCUUCAAGGUAGCGGAGGUCUGGUUGCUCGAAGUUUGACGCAACAAAGGUCACCACCGCCACCUGGCACACCGCCAGCUGUGAAACCACCACCGACCAGGCUGGAACCGUCGCCAGAAGAGACGACAGACCUCGAAGAACUGGAACAGUUCGCCAAGACCUUCAAACAGAGGCGGAUCAAGCUUGGUUUCACUCAGGGCGACGUUGGCCUCGCGAUGGGCAAGCUCUAUGGCAACGAUUUCUCUCAGACCACGAUCUCUAGGUUCGAAGCGUUGAAUCUGUCCUUCAAAAACAUGUGCAAACUGAAGCCACUGCUGCAGAAGUGGCUGGAGGACGCGGAUAAUUCUUUGAACAACCCGAAUUCCCUGACGAACCCGCUCACCACACCGGAAGCGAUCGGCAGGCGGCGGAAGAAGAGGACCUCGAUAGAAACCAGUGUCAGAGUUGCGUUGGAGAAGGCGUUCAUGCAAAAUCCUAAACCAACCUCGGAAGAAAUCACGGUAUUGGCGGACAGUUUGGCGAUGGAGAAGGAGGUCGUUCGAGUAUGGUUUUGCAAUAGACCUCCUCGUUUCAGACGACAGAAAGAGAAAAGGAUUAAUCCACCAACGGCAGCGAUGGGCAGCCCGACAAUGGCCUCCCCUGCGCCAUCCGUGUUCGCAUCGCUCGCGAGUUCCAUGUCCGCUAGUCCCCUAGCUCUAACGACGCACUCCUCGGGCAUGGCUCACUCUCACCCUCAUCCGACACCGUUGGGUUCGCCUCUGUCCUUAGCCCUGGUGGCUUCCGCAGGUGGAAAUUACCAUCCGUUAAGUAGCAAAUCCCACGAGUGACACCAACAGCCCACCCAUCAGGGGGACGCUAUCUUUCACCAGCAUCAUCACCAACCACCACCGCAUCAACAGCAACAGCAACGACGUUUGUGCAAUUUACCGGAAUUCUAUCAUUAAUUCGCCGGCUGAUCUGUGUGCAGUGGGUCCACUGGUGAGCAUCGCACGGAUUUCGGUGCCAAAUGGAAUUUGGCGCGAUGGAAGCGACUGGGUGAAGCGAUACCCGGCUACAGGAAAAUGGAGAACGCUGAAGGCGCGAUACAUAUCCUGGUGUCGAGACCAGUUCGCUUCGAAGAAGCUACGUCAGGACGAAGACUACUAUUUCUGGAACUAGAAGACGAAGAAGGGUAUAAUCGUUUCGUGAAGAGUACACGAAUCAUGCCACGUUUUCGAAGGGACAACAGAGCUCGGAACGUCGGUGAAAGACUCUAGACAAUUUGCUUAUUUCGACUCAGCACGUUCGAUGCUUCGAACGCCCAAAGAACAGAGAGGUUUUGUUAGAAACUGUGUAUCUUUUUUUUUCUCAGUAUUAUAUGUGUUUCAAUGCACCGCGACUGACGUGACUGAAUCGCACGAGAUUACGGAAAGGUGUCGUCUGGUAUCGUGGAAUGGAGUUUCCAAAGUCUUGCUUACACAAAUAUGACAAUUUUCUUUGAUCGUUUCUUAUCGAUGCUUCAAAGGUGAAAAGUCAUAAAAAUUGUUUAGAUAUAAUAAUUCUUAUCGUGCUUGUUGCAUAUCAAACUUGCUAAUGCUGUCAGCUUAGCUGUUUAGCUUUUAACUUAUCGUUUCAACGUUGCUAACCCGAUCCUAAUUGAUCUGUUUUAUUAGAACUUUAUGAAGAUUCUUCCAAUGUUUGUUUUUAACCACGUAGCUUUUAACAUCGUAUCCUAAUGAGAACAACGAAACGGCUUUGCGUUCUUCAUUCACACACAGGCGAUACGCAGGCCGACAGCUGCCAUUCAACGUUUACCUAUACAAGAUGUAAUUAACCACACGAAUGCAACUGGUCGCCAACCGUCGUAAAACGGACUCUUAAUCGGUUUCCCUGGCUAGUCGUUUGAAGUAUCAUGAAAUACUUAUCAAGAGGAGAACCAUUCGACGAUAUUCGUAAUUAUCGACUGGUUUCCCUCCUUGGAUUUUCCUUUUGGCAUGAGCUUCGAAAUCGCGAAACAAUUACAGAAGAGGAGAAAUGUCAUUGUUCUUGGGAGGAGAAUCAUUUGCAUUCGUGUUCAAACCUCGAACGAUCCGCAGACCACACCGGAAACAACGAGUAACAGGUUGAAGGAACGACGAACGAUGAAUUUCGAGGAGAGAACCAUCUUCAGAGGCGCUCGUCUCUCCGUGGUAAGCAGGGUUUACGCGCCACCCGCGAAGGGACGUUCAUUUCUUCAAGAUCGUGAGCUCGUCUGUUGAUCAACCAUGAAAUUGUACUCUUCUUCAUCGGAUUAUUAAUCCACGAAUCUUAGUAACGAUCCCCCAAAAAACUAUCUAUCCGAAUAGAGGGGACGUGCUCGCGAUCUUCGAGCUUGAAUCAUCCCCUGGCGGGUGGCGAAAAUGCGGCGAGGUCCGACAAUAUGUUUUGUACAUAAUUUGCGUGUCUGUCGCAGCGUCAUACAUAUCCGUGUCCCGGGGUACAUACGUCUGUACAUAAGAAAACGAAACGCGAAGGUGUCGAAUCAACGAGAAUACGAGGGAUGCUCGUUCCUCGUAAACGAAACCUUCGAUGAUUGUAUUGAAAUUAGUUAAUUGUAGUAGCUACUCGAACCAAAGGUGUCGUCUCUCGCGCACGUGCGCAUAGCGAACAACAAACUGAAGUAUAAAUGAAGAUCAACUCCAAAGGGGUGAACGAGAGGAUGCGCUCUCGUAUUCUCGGCGAAACACAAUUCUUGCACAGACACGAGAAUUAGGAUUUUGUAGAUACGUACGUACGUGUACAUACUAUUAUACAUAUAUAUAUAUAUAUAUACAUAUAAGCUACACACGAAUCGUUAUACGUUUAGGGGAGUGAAUUUCUCGCUCGUAGCUUGACAGUUCGUUUUGCUCUUGGAUAUUUUGAAAUAUCAAUUUCACACGAGGCUAUGACGCGAGUUUUAAACGCGAACUGUGAUCCUACCAGCUGGAAAAAUAUUCACUCUUCGAGGUGGUGAACUCCCGGUGAUUAAUUAAGGGCUAUGAUAGACGACGACUGACGAUGAAUUACGUUUCGUGAGAAUCGCGAUGAGAUACGUGUUACACGCAUGGGAGUUAAAUAACGUAAUCGCCGUAUACUAAGAAUCAUGGAUAUACGUAUAAAUAUAUUAUAUAUUAUAUACAGGUGUGUUGGUGCGCAUCCGACAUGUACAGAGGUGGUGAAAAGAACAUAGAAAACACGGCUGGUGAAACGAUCGUAUGCAUGUAUAAAUAUACAUAAAUGUAUAAAGUGAACGUUUUGUAAAUAAUAGGAAGAACCGAUAGGAAACGGCGAUUAACGAAUCAACGACGGAUUUACUCACCGUGACGAUCGUUUCUUAUUAUUGCGAUGAUUAAGUAAUCAUUAAUUGUAAGAUACCGUUGGGCAACGCUAUCACUUGAUGAUCGUAAGCGGAACGGUUCGAGCACCGAGCAGAACACAGGUUUUGAACGCUUCAUUUGGUUGAUGCCUGAACUUCUUCCUUUUUAUGAUCGGCAACGUCAACAUUUUUUCCAUUUGAUGAACAUACGGCGUCGAGCGUGUGUGUUAAUACGUUCUGUGUCGCGUGGGUCACCGGUGGCCCACGACGUUUAUCAAAUGUAUAUCUGUAAUUAAGUCAUUAUAAAUUUGAUUCUUCAAUCUGUCUUUUAUUAAAUUUUUAAAAAUCUGAUACUUCUCAGUGGCACAGAACGUCUUGAUCGAUGUAUGUAUAUAUAUUUGAUAUUAUAUUAUAUGUAAUUUUUCUACGGAAACCACGUCGACGUAACGCGAUAUACUACAAUAUAUUUUCCAUAUUCUGGUGUAUCGUGACCGCGCUGUUAUAUAUAAUAUAAUAUAACAUGUGUAUGUAUGUAUGCAUGUACGUAUGUGUGUAAACGUGUACGAGACGAGAUCUCAUAUCCAUCACGCGCGUCCUUUCGUUUUCGAUCACAGUUCCAUCUCCAUUUAAUCAUCCCUCAUAUUUUCACCCUACCAUCCUAUUCUACAAUCUCAAACGUAACCCCUCACAUAAUCUCUGCCCCUGUUUCGUUUUACUUUGAACAUUAACUUCCAGAGUCGUGGACCAAGCUGUAGCGAAGCAAAAGCGCGAAUGAGAGAGAGAGAGAGAGCGAGAGAGAUCUUUGCGAAAAAAAAAGAGUUCCUAGUGCACCCGGUUCGAGUGCGUUGUGUAGAAGUUUUUAUAGAUUAAAAUGAACGAUCGAGCGAGGAGGAAAGAAAAAGGGGUGAACGUGAUUAGGAGAGACACAGAGCAGAGAAAGGGACACUCGCGAUUUCCUUGUCCUUCGUUUUUCCUUUUUUCUUUGACUUCUUCUUCCCGUUCGUCCAAGGUGUACAGUAUGGUAUAUUUUAUUUUUAUUUUGUAGAUAGAAGAAAGAAAUUAGAAUCGAAACCCCUGGUCCCCACCCUCUGAUCGACGUGUCAUUGGUUCAUUUUACCGUGGGCCUCGACGAGCCAGCGCAUUCCGCGAGCGAUAGACACAUUAUCACAGUGAUUAUUAUUAUUAUUAAUUAUUGAUUAUUAUUAUUAUUAUUAUUAAUUAUUAAUUAUUAUUAUUUCAUUAUAUUUUAACUUUUAUUAUUUGAAAAUAAAAGUGCUAGACAGACUUCAGUUA